CGAGGAAUCACUCGCGCUUCCAAGCUGCAGCCGGUCUGAUCUUCUCUCGAAGUUUGACGUCAACCAUCUGACAGAGCACCGUCGGCCCGAUCGCACGUGCCAACUUCCCAUCAUCGUCAUCACUCUUCUGACCCACCAACUCUGUCAACGGGUGUCGUCGACCAUCAGCGACCCGCUUCCCUACCCCACUCACCCCCACCCGGACGAUGGCUGCUGCUCCUGCUACUCCCGCUCCGGCCUCCCCGUCGUAUGCGCGGCUGUACACCGCCCCGCCCCCCGUCAAGCGGCCGUACAAGCCCGCGGACGCCCUCGCCGACCUUCCCGGCGUCGGGUACGCACUCGACACGUUCCUCGCGAGCCAGAUGAUCGAGGCGGAGGAGUACUGCAACGAGAGCGACAAAGAGAAGCAGCGGCUGUACUUCGCGACGGGAUACGGCCUCAUUCAAUGUGUCAAGGCACUCAUGUCGUACGCCGACGACGACCUCCUCUCGGCCCUCGGACACACGAAGCAAGGGAACCUGAUCGCGGCCCAGCACCGGAAACGCGCUCCGGCACUGACGAGCCGGCUCGCGGGCUACGUCGUCUCGUCGCUGAACACGACCGGCGUGGGCUGGAUCAAGGGCAUGACGGCCGUGGAGCGGCACGCGGAGCUGGUGUACGCGGAGAGUCUCUUCGAGAAGGCGCUGCUCGGGAUCGUGUACUCGGGCGAUUGGCUCGCGUUCAUCAAGGAAGCGGCCCGCAGGCUGAACAUGCGCACGAUCGUGUCGAUAUACCGAACGCUCUACAAAUACAUCCAAACCGCGGACGCCGAAUACGCCGCGUCCGCGCCCCCAGGGCCGCUCGUCGACCGCGGACACGGGCCCGAGUCGCCGGCCAUCGACGCGCACUUCCGAUCCGGGGUGUACCUCGGCGCGGGGAUGAGCACCCUCAUCCUCUCGCUGCUCCCCGGGCGGCUGCUGAAUCUCGUCGAGCUCUUCGGGUACCACGCGGACCGCAAGGAGGGGCUCGACAUGCUUGCACGCGCGGGCGGGUGGGGCAAGGCCGACGAGCCGCUGGUCUCGACGCAGGACGAGGGCGUGCGGCGCGCGAUCUGCGAUCUUGCGCUGCUGAUCUUCCACCUGGUGCUGAGCACGGUGACGUUCGACGGCGUCGAUGUGCACAUGGCGGAGCGCAUCGUGCGGUGGAACCUCAAGCGCUACCCCGACGGCGUGCUGUUUCUGUUCGCUGCGGGGCGGCUCGCGCUGGCGCAGUCGCAGCCCCGCAAGGCGAUCGAGCACCACACCCGGGCUAUGCAGGUGCAGACGCAGUAUCGCAAUCUGCACCAUGUCUCGUUUUGGGAGAUGGCCAUUGCAGGAUUCGCAUUGGGGCAUGUUGCUAGUGGAGUGAAUGAGAAGAGCGACGGGUUCGUGUUUGAUGGGAGCGAAGGCUGCUGGCGGAUCCUCGAAAAGGAAGCCUCAUGGAGCAAAGCGAUCUACUCUUACGGACUCGCAGUAUCGCUUCUCGAGCCCAGACCGUUCGAUGAAAGCGCGGAAGAUCGGGAGAAGCGGCUCAAAGAGGUCUCCGCGCUAAUGGAGAAGGUGCCCACGUCGAGGCAAAAGAUCGCAGGAAAGAGCAUACCGCUAGAGAAAUUCGUGGCCCGAAAAGCCCGAAAAUACACGGCACAGUCUGGCCGGCUUGCGCUGCCCGUCUUGGAGCUGGGCUAUUUCUUCCUCUCCAUCUCCCGGGCACCGAGAAACGUCGUCGAAGGCAAGAUGCUCCCCGAAGUCCGGGCGCAGCUCGUCGAGCUCGACAAGCCGGAAUCGGAGAAGAACGUUGGAUACGCCGAUGAUCUGUGUCUGGCGCGGUUCCUCGAAGGUGUUUGCUUGCGAUAUGUAGCGUAUCCGGACCCCGACGCGAUCCGGGAUCCAGCUGAAACGCCGCUCAUGACGCGCGACGAAGCCGCCGCGGGCUCGAAACGGGCAUUCGAAGCUGUGUUCGAGCACGGGCCAAAGAUAGAGCUGGAUCACUGGAUUGUUUAUCACGCCCAUUACGAGUAUGGCCGUCUGCUGGCGUGCAUGGACAACGAAUCCGAGGCCAGGACACAUCUGGAGCUUGUGAUGUCGGGCUCCGCAGGGAAAUAUCUGGAGGUUGGGACGUCCGGGAAGAAGGGAAAGUACAGCCUGGAGAAUGCCCUGCACAUGCGAACGUCAGCAGCACUAGAGGCUUUGCACCAGAAGCGCCUGUGAGGCCCUCUUUAUUCUUAUUAUCGGCAUACCCAUCCUGAGACAUCAUCUAAUGUACAUCGGGCCGGAUCUACUGUUGCUUAUUUUAAACAUACAUAUAUACGCACUAGGCUGGCUGGCUGUGUAUCCGGCUCUCCGCCGAUCAUCUCACUCUUCUCUGGGUCUUAUUUCCCACUGGCAUGUGGAACCUCUGCGUCAUGGUCA